GCGCAGAGAGGCGGUGGGCAGGGGCUCAGUCGGGCCGGGAGCUGACGGCCGCCGGAGCGGCGGGCAGGAGGCGGCCGGGGCAGGUGCGGGAGGCGCCUGCAGCCACAGGGCGGCAGCCGCCCGCGGGGCCGGGGGCUCGGCUGGGCGCGGCGGCGGCCCCCGGGCCCUAUGGUGCCGCGGCGGGACCCGGCCCCUGCUCGCCGCCUUAGAAAGGGGCCCGCGGAGCGGCGCGGGGCAGCGGAGCCUGCCGGCCCCGGCAUUCGCCUGGCAUGAGGAACCUGCCGGUCCUCCUCCUCUCCCUCUGCUGGAGCCUGGGGCGGGUGAAUGGUGUCCAUCCGGAGUGCAGAUUUCAGCUGGAGAUUCACAAGGAAGAAACAAGGUGCAUGGAACUUCUAAAGAAUGUAAAGCCGGUGGACUACAAAGGAUGUGUUGGAGUUUGGGAUAACAUCACCUGUUGGCGUCCUGCAAAGAUUGGAGAGACUGUCACUGUCCCUUGUCCAAAAGUAUUUAGCCUUUUUUCUGGCAAACCAGGAAAUAUUAGCAAAAAUUGUACGACUAACGGAUGGUCAGAUAUUUUUCCUGACAUUUUAAGUACUUGUGGAUAUAAUGACUAUGAAGAUGAUUAUAAGGUCAACUUCUAUGUAAGGGUGAAGGCAAUUUAUACCCUUGGACACAGCGUAUCUCUGAUUGCUCUUACAACAGGAAGUAUAAUUCUUUGCCUUUUCAGAAAACUUCAUUGUACUCGGAACUACAUCCACCUGAACCUGUUCCUCUCUUUCAUUCUAAGAGCAAUCUCUGUUUUAGUCAAGGAUGAUAUUCUCUAUUCCAGCUCCAACACAGCUCACUGUCCAGAGGAUCAAACCUCAUGGGUGGGCUGCAAGGCUAUUUUGGUGUUUUUUCAGUAUGGUGUUAUGGCAAACUUUUACUGGCUCUUAGUUGAAGGGCUUUACCUCCACAUCCUCCUUGUGCUGAUAUUCUCCCCCAACAGACACUUCACAGUCUACCUGCUGAUUGGAUGGGGAAUUCCUACCAUAUUCAUUAUUACGUGGACAGUGACACGGAUCAUUUUAGAGGACACUGGUUGCUGGGAUACGAAUGAGCAUGGUGGUCCCUGGUGGGUUAUACGAAUACCAAUUUUAAUUUCUAUUAUAGUGAAUUUUAUACUUUUCAUUAGUAUUAUAAGAAUCCUACUGCAGAAGUUAAGAUCUCCAGAUGUUGGAGGAAAUGACCAGUCACAGUACAAGAGACUCGCAAAAUCCACAUUGUUGCUUAUUCCGUUAUUUGGAGUUCACUACACAGUGUUUGCUUUGUUUCCUGACCGCAGUUCCAAUAAUUAUAAAAUAAUCUUUGAGUUGUGUUUGGGAUCUUUUCAGGGGUUGAUUGUUGCAGUCCUGUAUUGUUUUUUGAACAGUGAAGUGCAAGGGGAGCUGAAAAGAAAAUGGCGGAGUUUGUGCUGGAAGCAGACAGCAGGCAGGGAUUACAGAUUCCACAGCUCUUCAAUUUCUCGAAAUGGAUCAGAAAGUGUUUCCCAGCUUCACCGGAAUUCAAGGGCUCACUCAUUUAUGCAGACAGAGACCACCAUGAUAUAAAUCAGCUAUGUCCCCCAAAACAUGAAAACCUAUGGGAUGUCAUUCAUUAUGCAGCUUGAUGUGAUAUUUUAUAAAGUGUACAGUUUAGUGCUUUGCCUUUCUACAUGUUGGUAUUUGAGAAAUUGGUUUGUGCGGCCAACCAGUUAAUACAGACACCUGCCCUGUGGAUGCUUUCUGGUUUUUUUAAAUGGUAUUCAUAUUAAUUCUGAUGUUCUCUUGCUGCUUACUAGCCUUAACUAUUCAAAACCUCAUUUACUAUAAUGAGUAAAUUUACUCUCCAAUAUAUCUAAAAGAUGUAUGGUAUCCUGUUCCAUGCAGACUGCUUUGCUACAUGUUGAAAAUUUAAGAUGGGAAGCAAGAAAAUUUCUUACACUUUAUUUAUAAUAAGGAGAGAUUUCUUUCCUUAAGGGUUAGGAAAUUCUUUCCUAAUUGUGGAAAAUAAAAUACAAAUAAAUAAUGUAAGACUAUAAUUAACCGCACUGGGAUUUUAGUGUGCUAAUCCAGGAGAUUAUUAACAUUAUUUAUGCAGAGGGAAAAAAGGUAGUACUUGGCCAGUUGUAUACAUUUCAGAGGUUACAUUCUACAGAGUUUGAUUCCAAUCCUGUUGUUAUGUUUAGAUGCAGAAAGUAGAGCUACCUUUGUAGUCCAUGCAGAAAGGGCUGAUAAAGCAUCAGCAUUUUCCAGUAGUGCUGUUGCAAUCAGUUCUUCUCUUCUGUUUAAAAUCAGAAAUAUGUAUUUAUCUGUUAUUAAACAAUUUUCUGAAGAGGUGCUUUAUUGCUAAAGCAGUCUGGCAUAGGAUGAACAGCCUUGGAUAGCAUAUUACCCUUUGAAAAUAUCAUUUUAAUAUAAUAUUUUCAUUGGAAUGUGUCUCUAGAAGUACAUACUCGGCAGCUAAAACAAGGACUAUCACAAUAAAGUUACAACUCCCA